ACGCCGAACCUCUUCUCUGGGGGCCCUCUUCCCCUCGGCGGAGUCUCAUCCCGUACGACGUCGGGACUGUGCCAUUUGGGGUUGAAUGUUCCCCUCCGAGAGCGCAUGGCUGAGGACGCCAGACGCGGGCCGGGCCCCCGAAGGGCCGCCGUCCGGGAGGCGGUGAUGCUGCUGCUGUGCCUGGGGGUCCCCACCGGGCGCCCCUACAACGUGGACACCGAGAGCGCGCUGCUUUACCAGGGCCCCCCCAACACCCUUUUCGGCUACUCGGUGGUGCUGCACAGCCACGGGCCCCGGCGAUGGCUCGUCGUGGGGGCUCCCACCGCCGACUGGCUCGCCAAUGCCUCCGUGGUCCAUCCCGGGGCCAUUUACAGAUGCCAGAUCGGAAAUAACCCAAACCGGACUUGUCAGCAGCUCCAGCUGGGUAGCCCUCAAGGAGACCCUUGUGGAAAGACUUGUUUGGAAGAAAGAGACAAUCAGUGGUUGGGGGUCACGCUUUCCAGACAGCCAGGAGAAAAUGGAUCCAUCGUGACUUGUGGGCAUAGAUGGAAAAAUAUAUAUUACAUGAAGAAUGAAAAUAAGCUCCCCACGGGUGGUUGCUAUAGAAUGCCCUCUAAUUUACGAACAGAACUGAGUAAAAGACUAGCUCCAUGUUAUCAAGAUUAUGUGAAAAAUUUUGGAGACAAUUUCGCAUCAUGUCAAGUUGGAAUAUCUAGUUUCCACAUGGAGGAUUUAAUUGUGAUGGGAGCUCCAGGAUCAUCUUAUUGGACUGGCUCUAUUUUUGCCUACAAUAUCACUGCAAAUAAAUACACGGCUUUUUUAGACAAAGACAAUCAAGUAAAAUUUGGAAGUUACUUAGGGUACUCAGUCGGAGCUGGUCAUUUUCGGAGUAGGGAUACCACCGAAGUCGUCGGAGGAGCCCCUCAACAUGAACAGAUUGGUAAAGCAUACAUAUUCAGAAUUGAUGAAAGGGAACUAAAGAUCUUACAUGAAAUGAAAGGUAAAAAGCUUGGCUCUUAUUUUGGAGCUUCUAUCUGUGCCGUGGACCUCAACGCAGACGGCUUCUCGGACCUGCUGGUGGGAGCUCCCAUGCAGAGCAGCAUCAGGGAGGAAGGCAGAGUGUUCGUGUACAUCAACUCCGGCUCAGGAGCAGUAAUGAAUGAAAUGGAAGCAGAGCUCGUUGGAAGUGACAAAUACGCUGCAAGAUUUGGGGAAUCUAUAGUUAAUCUUGGUGACAUCGAUAAUGAUGGCUUUGAAGAUGUUGCUAUUGGAGCUCCACAGGAAGAUGACUUGCGAGGUGCCAUUUAUAUUUACAAUGGUGGAGCGGAUGGGAUCUCGUCAGCCUUCUCACAGAGAAUUGAAGGGCUUCAAAUCAGCAAAUCCUUAAGUAUGUUUGGACAGUCCAUAUCUGGGCAAAUUGAUGCAGAUAAUAAUGGAUAUAUGGAUAUAGCAGUUGGUGCUUUUCGGUCUGAUUCUGCUGUGUUGCUAAGGACAAGACCUGUAGUGAUUGUCGAAGCUUCUUUAAACCAUCCUGAGUCAGUAAAUAGAACAAAUUUUGACUGUAUUGAGAAUGGAUUGCCUUCUGUGUGCAUGGAUCUAACACUCUGUUUCUCAUACAAGGGCAAAGAGGUUCCAGGUUAUAUUGUUUUGUUUUAUAACAUGAGUUUGGAUGUGAGCAGAAAGGCGGAGUCUCCAUCGAGGUUUUACUUCUCUUCUAAUGGAACUUCCGAUGUGAUUACAGGAAGCAUGAAAGUAUCAAGCACAGUCGCUAACUGUAGAACACAUCAAGCAUUUAUGCGGAAAGAUGUGCGAGACAUCCUCAAUCCAAUUCAGAUUGUAGCUGCUUACCACCUUGGGCAUGAUAUCACCAGUAAACGAAGUAUAGAGGAAUUCCCACCACUCCAGCCAAUUCUUCAGCAGAAGAAAGAAAAAGACAUAAUUGAAAAAACAGUAAACUUUGCAAGGUUUUGUGCCCAUGAAAAUUGUUCUGCUGAUUUACAAGUUUCUGGGAAAAUUGGAUUUUUGAAGCCGCACGAAAAUAAAACCUAUCUUGUUGUUGGAAGUAUGAAGACAUUAAUGUUGAAUGUGUCCUUGUUUAAUGCUGGAGAUGAUGCAUAUGAAACAACUCUGCAUAUCAAACUACCCACUGGUCUUUACCUCACUAAGAUUUUAGAUCUGGAAGAGAAGCAAAUAAACUGUGACGUAACAGACAGCUCUGGCAUAGUAAAAAUUGACUGUAAUGUUGGUUAUAUAUUUGUAGAUCAUCUCUCAAGGGUAGAUGUGAGCUUUCUGCUGGAUGCGAGCUCCCUGGGCAGAGCAGAAGAGGAUCUCGGCAUCACAGUGCUUGCCUCCUGCAAAAACGAAGGGGAAAUGGACCGUCUGAAGCAUAACAAAGUGACGUUAGCAGUACCUCUGAGGUAUGAAGUCAUGCUCACUGUGCACGGGUUUAUAAAUCCAACUUCACUUGUGUAUGGAUCAAAGGAGGACCAUGAGCCCGAAACGUGCAUGACAGAGAAAAUGAACUUCACGUUCCAUGUUAUCAACACUGGCCCUAGCAUGGCUCCAAAUGUUAGUGUGGAAAUAAUGGUCCCAAAUUCUUUUAUCCCCCAAACUGAUAAGUUGUUCAACAUUUUGGAUGUCCAGACUAGUUCAGGAGAAUGCCAUUUUAAAAAUUAUCAAAGAACGUGCACAUCAGAAAAGAAAAAAGAUGCAAUGGAGGCCCUAAGAGACAUAUAUAAAUUCUUUUCAAGGACUGAUAAGAGACUAUUGUUCUGCACAAAAGCUGAUCCACAUUGUUUGAAUUUCUUAUGCAAUUUUGGGAAAAUGGAAAGUGGGAAGGAAGCCAGUGUUCACAUUCAGCUGGAAGGCCGGCCAUCCAUCUUAGAAAUGGAUGAGACUUCAGCACUCAAGUUUGAAAUAAGAGCGACAGCUUUUCCAGAGCCACAUCCAAAAAUUAUUGAACUAAACAAGGAUGCCAGUGUUGCACACGUUUGGCUCGAAGGACUACAUCAUCAAAGACCCACACGUCAUUUGACCUUAGCAAUUAUUUCAAGUAGCUUGAUACUUGGACUUAUUUUACUUUUGUUGAUUUCAUAUGUUAUGUGGAAGGCUGGCUUCUUUAAAAGACAGUACAAAUCCAUCCUACAAGAAGAAAACAGAAGAGACAGUUGGAAUUACAUUAACAGUAAAAGCAAUGAUGAUGCUGAUUAAAAGACUUCUUUUAAAUUGAGAAAACCAAGACUCAGUGUAAGUCUCAACGAAUGGAAAAUUGAACUAAAUAAAACAAAUGGACCUCAAUAGACACUUCUCCAAAGAGGACAUACAGAUGGCCAAUAGACAUAUGAAAAAAUGUUCAACAUCACUAAUCAUCAGAAAGAUGCAAAUUAAAAUAACAAUGAGGUAUCACCUCACACCCGCCAGAGUGGCUAUCAUCAACAAACGUCAAGUGCUGCCAAAGAUAUGGUGAAAAGGGAACCUUAGUACACUGCUGACGGGAAUGCAGACUGGUAUAGCCAUUAUGGAAAACAGUAUGGAGGUUCCUCAAAAAAUUAAAAAUGGAUCUGCCAUUUGAUCCAGCAAUCCCACUUCUGGGAAUAUAUUCUCAGAAUCCUGAAACGCCCAUCAGUAGAUGAAUAGAUAAAAAAGUUGUGGUACAUUUACACCAUGGAAUACUCUGCUGCAGUAAAAAAGAAGAAUCACUUUCCCUUUGAGACAGCAUGGAGGGACCUUGUGAGUAUUAUGCUAAGCGAAAUAAGCCAGUCAGAGAAAGAUCAAGUAUCACAUGAUCUCACUCAUAUGUGGAAUCUAAUGAGCAACAUAAACUGAUAAACAAAAUAGAUCCAGAGACAUAGAAGCAUGGAACAGACUGUGGAAUCUCAGAGGGAAGGGAGGGGUGAGUGGGUGGGAUGAGAUCAACCAAUGAACUUGUAUGCGUAUAUGCAUACCCCAUGGACGCGGACA